AUGGCGGGGGGAGGGAUGCCCUUACCCUCUCGAGGGCGAGGGGCGGAGGUGGCCCUCAAGUACGGGGGCGACGUGGUCGGCGGAAAGUCUGCAGGAGGGGGUGGAGAGGAGUCGCCGAAAGAGAAGGAGGAGCAGGACGAGGACGAGGCGCAGCUGGACCCGGAAAUUCUCGCGCUGAUCGAGAAGGAGGUCGGGGGCGCUGCAGGAGGAGGAGGAGGCGGCGGCGGCGCUGGAGGCAGCGAUGACGACAGCUCUGACGAGGAGUCCGACUUCACAGACGAUGGCGAGGACGAAGACAAUGGGGGGGACGACGACUCGGACCACAAGAACGCGGAUGAUUUAGCCGCGCAAGCGCUUUCGGCGGCCCAGGACCUUUUCGCCGAGGACUACGGCAUCUCCGAGAAGCGCAGCGGCUACAGCUACUCCCGCCUGCUGCGCUACGAACGGCGCCACCGCGCCCUACACCGGGCCAACCGGAUGGCCGAGGUGGACGCGGCAAAGAAGCGCAAGAAGCCCAAGAAGAAGGCCGACGGCACCCCGGUGGAGGAGGAGAACGGCUCGUCGCGCCCGUACCUCGGCUCCUCCCUGCGCGACAGCCCCACCUACGAAGACUUCGGCGACCCGCUAGAAGCUCGGAGGCAGAAGCGGCGGGAGGAUCGGGAGCGGGCGGGGGGCUCCGCGAGAGAUGCCGCGGGGAACGGGGGCGGGCGGGGGCGGCAGUACAUCUCAUCGUUCGAGAUCUCCGACAGCAAGGCUGGCGGCGGCAAGAGCGGUAGCGGUAGCGACGGGUCUCUGCUCGGUUCGGAGAGCGAGGGAGACGAGGGGGGCGGGAGCGGCGGAACUCACCUGAUUCUCCUUGAGAACUUCUUCCCCACACUAGCGGACACGUUGCGCAGACACCUAGAGAAGAAACAGGAGCGCGAGAAGGAGCUAGAGGCGGAACGAGCGCGGGAGCGGGAGAGGGACAGGGAGCGGGAGAUCGAGCGGGCGCGCCGGCGCGCUGCGGCGAGGAGGAGGAGGUCGAGGUCCGCCUCCAGCUCCCGGUCGUCGCCCAGCCGAAGGAGAUCGUCCCGGGAUCGGGACAGAGACGGCGGCAGCAGCAGACGCAGCAGGAGGGAUAGCAGGAGCCGAAGCAGCGGCAGGGACGGAAGAAGCAGCAGCCGGCGGGGAGGGGAAGACCGGGGGCGCAGCAGCAGCGGGAGAGGACGCCGGGGCGGCGGCGGCGACGACGGCGACGACGACCGUGAUAAGAAGUCGGCGAGGUCCGGGAGGGCCGGCGGCGGCGGGAGCAAGCAGGCGAAACCACCACCGAAGGCGGAAAAGAAGCUCACGCCCAUGGAGAUGAUGAAGCUGCGCAUGCGCAGGGCCCUCGAUAGCCAGCUGCAGAAGGACAAGACUGCCAUCGCGAAGAAGUCCACCAAGGACAGCAAGAUGGCAGAGCUCGAUCGCAAGCAGCAGCAGCUGGACGAGGAGCAGCACGAGCGCCUGCAGGCGAGGGCGAGGGCCGCCGGAGGCCGCUCACGGUCGCGCUCCCGCUCCGGCUCCCCGCAUCAAGCCACCGGCCGCCGGCGGCGGCACCACUCCAGGUCUCGCUCCUCCUCAUCCUCUUCCAGUCGCCACCGCUACCGCCGGCGACGUAAUGACAGAGAACCUGCAAGGAGCGGUUCCUCCUCCGGUUCCAGGUCGCGUUCCGUGCCCUCUCACAGGGGCAGUGACAGGUCGAGGGCUGGAGCCAGUGGCCACAAGGGGAAGGGCGGCGAUCGGACAGGAAGCGGGGGCAGGCGCCGGUCGCGAGAGCGGGAGAGCGAGGAGGAUGUCCGCCGCAGGAAGCGCCGCAGGAGGAGUUCCAGCCCUAGCCCUAGCCGUAGCCGUAGCCGUAGCGCCGACCGGUAUCGAGGCCGCCGUGAGCGGGACGACCGUCGCUAAUUUGUGCCUAGUAUUUUUGUGUCCGGAGGGCGUUUUUUUUUUUUUGUCACUCAACAAACCCAUCUCUUGUACCACAGACGAGCGUUCGUGAUAGAUCAUUGGCAAUGAAUUUAUAGUGCUGUAUGCAAACGGUGACCAACUCAUAUUUUUGCGGUCGUUCGUUAAGCGGCCAGGGGGCUUGUGCCACUUGGCGGGGACCUUUGGUCUGGGUUGGCACUUUGCGAUGAUAUAAGGGUUGUGCUUGAGUGUCUGUUGGGUGGUUCUGGCUUGUUGCUCGCGUGUAGGCACUCGUCCUUCUGGCCGUAUGGUCGCUGUGGUGGUGCAGUGUGCGCGACUUUUCAAUGUAUUUUCUCUCGAGCGUGUGUGCUCGGAAUCGCUUCUAGUGUGUGGCUGGCUCUCGUGAUGUCGUAUCAAAGUACCGUGAAUGUUCAUCUUUGGAAGUAUCAUAUGCCAGCGAUGGUCAGGUGGCACUUCGUGGAACUUGUAUCUGUACGUGAUGCUGUGAGGGUGAACGGCGAAGUCGAGUAAAACGUGGUACAUUCUGUCGGGAAGAAAGGACAGGACACUUGCCAUCACUUACUGUUUUUUUUUUUAGUCGAAAUGUUGGUGUGCGCGCGUGCGUGUGUGUCUUUUGCUACAGCACUUUUGAGUAUCGAUCGCGGUGGUUGUGGACUUUUGAGUAUGGACGUCAGUCCUGCGGCUAGAAUUACGACAGACGCGAACCGAAUGCGCAUUCUGGCG